AUGACCGAACGAACGCGGUCUUCUAAGCGUCAUUGGUGUCCACCGCCGGACCAAAUAACAUACAGAGAGCUACUACGAUUUGAAGAGAGAUUAAAGCAGAAUGCGACUGCGUUACGCAAACGUCGGCGUCGAUAUGAGCUGUUCCUGCUUUUCUUAAUUUCAACCAGUGGUCUAUUAUCCUGGAAUGUGAUCGACAAGCAGAAUCGUCAAACAUACAGAGGCUACGCGUACAUGACCAUGCUCACUAUCACGCUCACCACUCUAAUCCUCUUCUUCGUCAGCGGUGUGUAUUCUGAGCGCAUCACAUACGCUAAUAGAUACGUUCCCCACUGUAAUCGCGCUCUACGCUCUUUCAAUAUGGCUCUCAACAUGCGUCUCCAAAGCCCCACCACCCCUUUCUCACUAUUCAGACGACCCGCUAAGGCAGCUGCUAAUACCGUCCAGCAGCGCCAGAAAGCAAUGAGUAAUCUCCCUCCCACUACAAAUCCGCGCGGUGAACUCGUCUUCUCUCAUCGUGUAGAUAAGAGCUUUAGAGAUGGCUACGAUAAGUACAGAGCGGCAUUCGAGAGGAAGAGAACUCAAGCACUUGCUGCGAAAUCUACUCGCACACCACAAUUUAAUAGCAAUAUACCCAGAGAUCCUAUCUCUAUGCGUGGGAGUGGGAGUGGAAAUGCGCAAACACACACCCGCAAUGAAAGUUUCAGCUUCAUUCUCAAGGAUCACGAUAGGUAUACUUGUCACGAUAAACAUUAA